AUGAGGUGGGGAAGCAGAGCAGGCAUGGAUCUUCCGUUUGAUGUGGAGAUCGAGAUCUUACAGAGACUUCCAGUGAGGCCUCUUCGUAGAGUAGAAUUGGUUUCGAAAAAAUGGAGAAGUCUGAUAAGAUCUCCAUAUUUCAAGGAACGCUAUUUGGUUUAUCAGAAAUCCAAACACCGUCUCAAGAUCCUUGCGAACGUCAUCGUCAUAGACCCGUUCUCUCGUAUUUCCGGAAAAACUGGGCUCUUCCGUUCACGGGACGAUGAUCCGCAAUUUUCGUACGUGCUGCUUCAAAAUAAGGAAAGCUCUUCUCUCUCAUGCGACGGUGUCAUCUGUUGCCCGGGGCCUGGAAACAAGUUUCUGUUUAUAAAUCCGGCCACGCUUCAGAACAUCCUAGUCAAAGAGCCACCUCUUUCUCACCGUCCAAAGACAUUCGAAAGUCAUGGAAACAUGCCCUACACAUUCUAUGUAAAGUACUACCUCGAAAGCUCUAGAGAUGACUAUGAGAUUCGUUAUCCGAAGUUUCACCUGUUAGGAUUUGGGAGAGACAGAGUGAGCGGAGAUUAUAAACUUGUUCGGUUACUUCCAUGGACUAGCUGGGACUAUAAUAUAUGCUCAGAAUGCGAGGUUUUUUCGCUCAAGACUUGGCAGUGGACAUACGUAAGCUCUGUUCCUAUACCUUGCCCUGACGGGCAAGCUUCAGCGAGCGUUAACGGAUCCAUCUAUUGGUUCACUGUUUAUCUAUGGGUACCAUAUUCAGAGUAUUCAGAUUACUCAGAAACUGCCAAAAUCAUAGCAUUUGAUCUUCACACACACAGAUUCCGUGCAGUCUGCCACCCUCCUUUAUUCGAUGCUAGAAUACCCUCCAGCAGCAUUAAGCUCGUGAACCUUAGGGAUCAAGUAUGGAUCGUAGAGCAAACACCUAGCUGUUUGGAGAUGUGGAGCAUGGAUAGAGGAGGAGACGACGCAUGGGAAAAAAUGUAUUCUAUCGAUCUAAAAAGCUGUGGAAUGUCUGAUUUGGAGGUGUUUACACCGAUCGAGAUUUGCAACUACGGAAAGGUCUUGAUUAAAGGAAAGAAGCCAGAGGAUUCAAAUCAUGGGGAUUUGAAAGAAAGGUUACUCAAAUAUGAUCCUCGUACUAAAACUUUGCUUCUCAGCGACCAUCAAACUUUUGCCUCUCCCCCAAACCACCAAACUUGGGUCCUUGCUCCCUACUUCCAGUCUCUCUUCUCACUUUUUUAG